AUGGCCAGAUCCAACACCAAAAAGAACAAGUGCUCCAGAGGACAUCGAAGCCCAAUCUCCAAAAAGAGAUCACAUUCCAGCACUGAUUUUGGCCAUAGAAAUUAUUCACUGUACGUUAACAGGGUCCUAAAAGAAGUGGUUCCCCAGAGGAGCAUAUCAUCUCGCACCUUGGACAUCAUGAACACCCUGAUCAAUGACAUCUUUGAGCGCAUUUCUAUGGAAGCCUGCAGCCUGAUGUGUUUCAGAAAUCGCUGUACCCUCACCCCUGAAGAUAUCCAGAAGGCAGUGUACUUGCUCUUGCCUGGGAAACUAGCUAAGUAUGCAGUGGCUUUUGGAAAUGAAGCUGUCCAAAGAUAUGUCCGCUCCUAA